UCAUGCAAAGAGAUGCAUGUGGAGGGGUUUUUCUUCUCUCUCUUCCAAUCCACUCCGCGUCUGUAUAGUGGGAAGUGGACCUGCUGGUUUCUAUACUGCUGAAAAAAUGUUGAAGGGGCAUCAAGGGGCAGAGGUUGAUAUUAUUGAUCGAUUACCAACGCCUUUCGGAUUAGUUCGCUCCGGAGUAGCACCUGACCAUCCCGAAACAAAGAUUGUCGUCAAUCAGUUUUCUCGGGUUGCAUUGAACGAGCGGUGCUCAUUCUUUGGAAAUGUUUCACUUGGUAGUUCUGUCUCACUUUCCGAGCUCCGUGAGAUGUAUCAUGUGGUGGUGCUUGCCUAUGGUGCUGAAAGUGACAGAGUUCUUGGUGUUCCAGGAGAAGAUCUAUCUAGAAUAUACUCGGCUAGAGAAUUUGUUUGGUGGUACAAUGGGCACCCUGACUAUAGCAAUCUGGCCCCUGAUUUGAAGAGUACUGAUACAGCAAUCAUCCUUGGUCAGGGUAAUGUAGCUCUUGAUGCUACCCGUAUCCUUUUGCGACCUACAUCAGAACUGGCGACAACUGAUAUUGCCAACCAUGCUUUAGCCUCUUUGGAGGAGAGCUCUAUUAGGAAAGUGUACUUGGUUGGAAGACGUGGACCAGUACAGGCAGCUUGUACUGCAAAAGAACUACGUGAAAUUCUUGGUAUUCGAGAUUUGUAUAUUCACAUUCAAGAAGCCGAUCUACUUAAAUCGCCAGUUGAUGAGGAAGAAAUGAAGAAUAAUCGAAUCCAGAGGCGGGUCUAUGAAUUACUCUCUAAAGCAGCUGCCACUCAACCUUCCCAUCCUCAUCCGUGUCAGCGGGAACUCCAUUUUAUUUUCUUUAGGAGACCAGACAGGUUUUUACAUUCAGAUAACAGUAAUGGAAAAGUUACUGGUGUGCGCUUUGAGAAGACAAUUCUACAAGAAAAUGGUAGCACUGGAAAACAGUCUGCAGUGGGCACUGGACAGUUUGAAGACAUAGAAUGCGGGUUGGUGUUGAAAAGUAUCGGUUACAAAUCAGUGCCAGUUGAUGGGUUGCCUUUUGAUCAUCACAGAGGUAUUGUUCCAAAUCAGAGUGGCCGAGUUCUAAGCAAUAAUUCAGCAGACCUUAGAUUUGAGCAGGGUUUAUACGUGGUUGGUUGGUUGAAAAGAGGGCCUACUGGGAUCGUUGCCACAAACCUCUACUGUGCUGAAGAAACUGUUGCUAGCAUCCUUGAAGACCUAGAAAAGGGAGUAUUGACACCUUCAAGCUCGCCGAAAUCUGGCAGAGAAGGACUAGCCCAGUUAUUGGACAGUCGAAAUGUCAAGUUUGUGCCUCUCAGUGGUUGGGAGAAGAUCGACUUGAACGAGAAAACCAUUGGAAGUUUGAGAAACAAACCAAGAGAAAAAAUUACUUCUUGGGAGGAGUUGCUGAAAGUUGCCAACGCGUAAACUAAAACCACUGAUGAAAAGAAUGAGUUUCUAUGAUUGCCAAUUUUAUGCAUCAUUGAGUUUUUCAACACAAAAGAGGAAUACAACAGUGUGUUGACAAUUUCCAC